AUGACCAAUAUAACCCCAAGAGCACCACAACCACCACAACCUGGAGUUUAUACUCCAGUCCCCACAUUUUUCAAGAAGGACCUUGUUACGAUAGAUUUUGAGACCCAAAUUGCCCACGCUAAGUACUUAAGAGACAAUGGUAUCAAAGGUUUGGUUCUAAUGGGAAGUACUGGUGAAGCAGCUCAUUUAACAAGAACAGAGAGAGUUUCAAUCAUUGAGGCCAUCCACAAAAAUCUACCUGGAUUUCCAAUCCUUGCAGGAGUGGCCCAGAACUGUUUGGAAGAGGUGCUCCACGAGAUAGAUGCAGUCAAAGAAGCUGGGGCAUCCUAUGCGCUUGUCCUGAGCUCCAGCUAUUAUGGUCCAGGAAUCAAACAAGCCGCUAUUGAAGAGUUUUACACUGAGGUUGCAAAUCAAUCUAGUCUGCCAAUCAUGGUAUACGUCUAUCCUGGAGUCACCAAUAAUAUUGUUGUGGAGCCAGAGACUAUAGUGAAGCUCUCGAGACAUCCGAACAUUGUUGGUACCAAGAUAUCACACGGAGACGUCGCACACCACACAAUGAUAGCAAUGUCACCGGUUACCAAAGAGAACAAUUUCUACACUUUCACUGGAUUGGGGCAGAUACUUCUUCCAGUUCUUAUGGUGGGAGGAAUGGGCACAGUUGAUGCACUAUCCGGGGCAUUCCCAAAGCUAUAUGUCAAAAUCUUUGAGCUGUUUCAGGCUAAACAGUAUGAGGAAGCAGCAAAACUUCAGUUUAUUGCUACAAGAGCAGAAGAGUUGGUGGUUAGAUUUGGUGUCGUGGGUAUUAAGAAAAUGAUUAGUAUCAAAGGGUUUGGAGAAACCUAUCUUGGAAGAAUGCCACUCAAUCAGGAUGUUGAUCACAGUUACUGGGCACAGUUCAAACAGAAUAUCUCGGAGAUUGUGGACGCAGAAAGUGUUUUGUAG